UAACCUAAAUAAACAUUUUGGACCUAAAUCUAGAAAACUAAUGAGAAAGCUCAAAAUUAGCUUAAGUUGAACAAUCAUUUCCAUAAGGAUUAAAGACAAUUUUUAUUAUAAAAUAUUUUAAUGUCUAAUUCUUAUUAUUCUGAUCUAUGGCUAAUAACAGGAAAGGAUGCAGAAGAACUUUUACAAUUGGACGAAAAAGUGCAAGCAAAAGAAGCUACAAAGAUAAAGGAUGAGGGGUUGCUCUCGAUUCUGCCUUUGUACCUCAAGUAUCGCAAUAUUGUAAGACGUCUCGUUAUUUGCUACGAUCAGAUGAUACAAACCCAAAAGCGAAAUCUGAUUAAAAAAAUGUUGGAUUGUGCAAUAGGCAGAAUGCUGGAGUACAAACGAGAAAUUGUGAAUCUGGAUUGCAGUGAACACGAGUGGCCGGACAAUUUCAUGAUCGAAAUGAAGCUCACGCCUGAUGAUGUUGUGCUUACGACUCCAGCGUGUUUUACGUCGGAUAGAAAGGCUCUGCUGGAACAGCGCAAAAAAUACAUUGAGGACUUGAUCGCCAACGCGAAUGAACGUGAUCCGUCUGAGAAUGAAAAUGAAGUGCAAAGUGAAAUGACAUCCAGAAUGGUCAGUGGAGUGGAUUUACGACCAUCGAAAUCACGAAAGCGAUUGAGAAGAAGUACCCAGUUCUCAAAAUCACAAUUACAACCAUACACAGAACCGGUAGAAGAAAUAACAGCAAGGUUGGCUCGUCAAGCUCAGCAAAAACAGUUUAGAGAUGCAAUUCUCAUGAUACAGAAACAUGAGCGUGCGAGAACUGGAAGAUGUGUAGGAAUACGUGCUCAACGGCAGUACAUGUACGACCAGAAGUUGAGAAUGGGGGAGAUAGAUCCUAAAAUGGAAAGCGAAAGCAGAAAAAUGAGUGCAGCGAUAACCAUUCAGAAGGCUUGGAGAAGUUACCUUGCCCGUAAGUCUCUCAAGAAAAAGAUGAAUCGAGUUGAGGAACUGCUGGGCAUGACAAUACCCAGUUGGAAGCCUCAUGAGAUCUUCGACCGAGAUGAAGAAAACUUUCAGCGGAGACUCGCUCUACAACCCUUGGCUGUUAAAAAAAUUCAGGAGAGGACGAACAACGAAAGAGCCAAACUGUGGAAAAUACGUGGUCCAGGACUGAUGGAGGAUAUUACAGACGAAAUUCGAGAGUGGUUUAUUCUCUGGUACAACGAGUUGGGUUAUUUUGACGUGUAUCCGGCAGCCGAGGCAGGUGGUUCAGUUUUGGUGACGACUGGUCAGACACUCACCCCUGAAGAAUACCUGCUAGACAAGUGGGAAAAAAAGAAAGCAGCUCAAAAGGGCAAAGAUAAGGAGAAACAGGAUUUGACCGAGAAGAAGAAAGCCGCUAAGGCAUUGGCAAAGGAACUUGCCGCAAAGGAGAAGGAAAAGGGUUGGCGAAUGCCGGAAUCCAAGACACUACCAUAUUUGAAGGACGCUAUCGAUUACUUUAUCAAGAAUUGGACCCUCCGAGAUGAAUCCGGAAAUCCUCAUCAACGAGAAUAUGUGGAUCUGAUAACCGACGGAUUAUGUUACGAAUUGCAACUAGAAAUGCGAGAAAUUGUUGACGAACUCAUGAGACUCGAGUUGGAUAAAUUAAACCAAGCUUUGAAAAAGGAUCAUAAGGGAGAUAAGGAAAAAUUUGACACUCCUAAGACCAAGAAAGCAAAGAAAUCAAAAAAGAAAGGAAAAAAGGAUCCAUUAUCAGAUGUAGCUGUUGAGGAUCUCUUCAAGGAACUUGUUCUCGCUAAAAUAUUAAAGCAGAGCCCUGAAGCAAACCUGCGCGACUGGAUUGGUGAUCUGUCCUAUCAAAAUUACGAAGCACAGCAAGAAUUUCGAGAAUAUAACUACCGCCUUGGAGAAAUUAAACAACUCGUCAUGGAAUAUUGUAUUUUACCUCUUGGCUCCAAAGAAGUUCAUCAAUUAUCUCCGCUCGUUAAAUCAGUUUGCAUAUGUGGUUUGCCACAAUAUGGAAAAUCUUAUUUGGCAAAUUCAAUUUGUUCAGAAUUAGGAGCUCUACUUUUUGACCUGACACCUAGUGUCUUAGUCGGCCAAUACGAUGGCAAAAAAAGUGAACAGAGACUUAUGGAUAUCAUAGGAAAGGUUUCUCGAAGUUAUCCACCAUCAGUGAUUUUUAUUGAUGGUGGGGAAAAACCCUGGUGGAAGAAAAUUCCUCCUGAAGAGAAGUACACGGAGCCUAAAAGAUUUUCAAAGCUGCUUCCCAAAUUUGUGAAAGGAAUCAAACCUGGAGAUCAAAUACUCUUCCUCACGCUCUCGACUGAACCUUACAACGCAGGAAAAACUUUCGUCAAAAUCCAUGACAAGUUUAUAAUAAUUCCAGUCACCGAUUACAACAGCUUAUACCUCUUUUACACAAGUCUAUUGAUGAAAUAUCAUGGUAUUGAUCGAAAUCUUGAUGUCUCGUGUCUAGCCAAAGUAUCAGUUGGUCUGCCACUUGAAUUUAUUCGCGAGUCAGUAGAAAAAAGUUUACAUUUAAAAAGAAGAAUUCAACUCAAGUUUAAACCUCUGAACCAGCAAGAAAUUAUGGAAGAGUUGUUAAAAUAUAACGGUCCUGGGUCAAAAGUCAUAGAGAAAUUUAAGAAAUUUGAAAGUAAAACGCCACUUGGAAGGAAAAAAGUAAAAAUGAUUGCUGCUGAAAGGGAGAAACGUUUGAAAGUCCAGAAAAAGAAAAAAUGAGGAAAUGGAUCGAAUUAAUGAUUGUAAUUUUACGUGGAAAAAUUAAAAUAAAAAAUAUAAUGAUAAAAAUUAAUGAUAA